CUAUUCCCUUUGUCAUGGUGGUUAGUAUCAUGGUGGUAUUGAACACUUAACUGAGUAUUUUCCCAGUUUCACAGUGGACUAGACAGACACUAUAAAACUGAAACAUAUGGUUACACUUUACUUGACAGUGUCGCCAUAAGAGUAACAUGACACUGUCAUGAACGUAUCAUAAACAUGUCAUACACAUAUAUGGUAUAACGCUUCUGUUAUUAAGUGACAUUCGGUUUUUGUCAUAACAAGUUAGGUGUAUGUGACACACAAGUGGUCACUUGUUUGGAUAUAGCCUAGGCUACCUACAGUUUGAGUAUAAGAAUGCCUUCCUUGUCGUCUUUUUACACUUUUCAUAUGACCACAUGACCAACAUUUGUGGGGAACUGAAAAUGUGGGUGUUUGAUACAGUGUCAUUUGUAAAAAAAGGAAUCGACACUUCCUUCAUAGCAGGGACUUGUUAUUCAUUCAUUCAGCGUGUCCUAUAGAAGCACAGUGGAGAUUGGGAUAAGGCUACCCCAAAAAUCAGCAAUUAAAUGUGAAUACUAUUUGAGAGCAGAAAUGGGGAAUGUGCAGGCUGCAAAAAUUGUUAUUAGGAAAUCAACACAUUUGGGUGACGUAGCCUAUAGCUAACUUAGUCAACUUCUCUAUUUCGCUUUGAUUUCCUCUUUGUUUAUUCACCGACACCAAAGAAAGAACCAGGUAGCCUACGAAUGCAGUAGGGCUUUUGAUCGGAUGACUGAAGAUAGAAGUGUGUGUUUGGCAUCUGCGGAAUGGAAUCUACAUUUGUGCCUUUAGGGGUGUCGGCUAUAUUUGAUCAAAGUCUGCGCUGCGUGCUUAUAGUUGUUGUCAUACUAACUGUUAAAGUGAUCGUUUUAUGGAGAUAUGGGAAUCAUUAUCAUGUGGUUUUAAACUACUCACUACUGCAUAGUGUAAAUGGAAAUAAUUGGCUUUUCCAUAGGCCUACAUAAUGUGGACUAAAGAACGCAAUAAAAUUCCCGUGGUGGGGUGGGUGGUGGUCAGAAGAAUGAUUAGCCAAGCUGACUUCUAUGUCCUGUUUACAUAGAGAGACAGACAGGGUGAAAGAUCACGUUGAAAUUUCAAGUCGAGGUUCAGUUGCUGUCCAACUCCAGGAAAAGAUAACCAAAGUCACGUCAAAAACGCAUAUGGAUCCCUUCGCUGAGGCAACUGCAAGCGCGGCUAUAAAGCAAGUCGCAAAGUCUUUAGGGUGCAAACCGACCUCAUUUAAAGUUGCCAGAUUCCUUGACGACAUCGACGAUUUGCGUCACCUGCGUGAGCAAUUUCUCAUUCCUAAAGUGUCACAAUUACCGCCGUCUGACCCCUCUCUGGUUGACGGCGCGGAGGAGUGCCUCUACUUUGUGGGAAACUCAUUAGGGCUGCAGCCAAAACUGGCCAGACAGUACCUGGAGGAAGAGCUAGAGAAAUGGGCACAGAUGGGUGUGCACGGUCACACGGAGGGCUCUCGUCCUUGGGCCUGGGCAGAGAACAACAUCGAACAGCUCAUGGCUAAUGUCGUAGGUGCUAAGCGAGAUGAAGUAGCCCUCAUGAAUGGCUUGACGGUCAACCUUCAUCUUUUACUGCUUUCCUUUUACAAACCUACAACGGAACGACACAAAAUCCUUUUAGAGGACAAGGCCUUUCCCUCUGACCAUUAUGCGGUGGAAUCUCAAAUCUCCCUGCGAGGUUUCGACCCUGAGAAAAGCAUGUUGCUGAUGUCACCUAGAGAGGGUGAGCACACAUUGAGGACGAAGGACAUCCUGAGCAUGAUUGAAAAGGAGGGCGAUUCGAUUGCCGUUAUUCUCUUCAGCGGAGUGCAGUAUUACACCGGACAGCUCUUUGACAUGGCUGCCAUCACCAAGGCCGGCCAGGCCAAGGGCUGUUACGUGGGCUUCGACUGCGCACACGCGGCGGGGAAUGUGGACCUGCGCCUACACGACUGGGGAGUGGACUUCGCCUGCUGGUGCAGCUACAAGUAUGUGAACUCUGGAGCAGGAGGGUUGGCAGGUGCUUAUAUCCAUGAGAGACAUGCCCACACAAUCAAACCAGCAUUGACAGGGUGGUGGGGACAUAAUUUAAAGACACGAUUCCAAAUGGAUAACCAAAUGGACCUAAUACCUGGAAUUGGUGGAUUCAGAUUGUCAAAUCAGCCUAUUCUUCUGGUGUGUCCACUACAAGCGAGCUUGGAGGUGUUUAAUAUGACCAAUAUGAAGGCCUUGAGGAGGAAAUCCCGCCUGUUGACCGGUUACCUGGAGUACCUGAUUAAGCACUACUACACCAAACAUGAGGCCCACCCAGAGAAGCCCUACGUGGACAUCAUCACCCCAUCCAACCCCGAGGAGAGGGGAUGCCAGCUGUCCCUCUCUUUCUCUGUCCCGAUACGUGCCAUGUUCAAAGAGCUGGAGAAGAGGGGUGUAGCAUGUGACAUGAGGGAACCCAAUGUUUUGCGGAUUGCCCCAACCCCUCUCUACAACUCCUUCUCCGACUGCCACCGACUCAUCUCCACUCUGGGAGCAGCACUGCAGGCUAGCAACGAGCUCCAGCAGGCCAGCAAUGAGCUUAGCCAGUGAUACCUACAGCAUCUAACAGCCCUCCUCCAAGUACACAGCAGAGCCCAAAUGGACUCAGGAGCCACUUAAUAGGCUACUUGCACGUAUGGCUCGUUUGUUUCCGGUGGAGCCAGGUGUGUUUGAACCUGCUGUUAUUGUUAAUGUAAUUAGUGUCUACACGGACCUGGUUGGGUGUUGCACCUAGUGAAUCAGCACGUUAUGAUAAAGCAGGAUUUAUGCGUGUUAAAAUAUUUAUUAUUAGGCAAACAAGAUAUUCAGUGUCGGAGUGAAGAUGUAAGGAGCAGAAUAUAACCGAAGAUGCCUUUACAACACAGUUAACGCUCUACCAGAAAAGAAGUGGCUGCAUUGAGAGUCUUUUAUGCAAGUUGUUGUGUAUAUGGAUAUACAAACUUCACUUCCCAUAAUGCCAUGUGUUUAGGCGGGGGCUAUAUAAGAGCUCCCCCUUCGAACGCUCUUCUCUACCGCAAGGAGACACAGAAAGCCUACGUGUAUUAUAAUUAUACAGUAGUUAAUAAAGCCAAGUUUAUUGUUCAGCA